CUCCAACAUCCAACGAGCUCCCAGCGCUUCAAACGAGGGAAGUAAAAUCAAUCGGAAGGCCACUACCGCUCAUACACCUCUGCAAGUAUGUCGCAACCCGCCUCUGCUUACAAGGACCGCCAAUUCCUCGCCGUUAUUGGAGAUGAAGACUCAGUCACAGGUCUGCUCCUUGCUGGUGUCGGCCACGUCACCCAGCCUCCAGACUCGCAGAAGAACUUCCUAGUCGUCGAUGCCAAAACCGAGACCUCCGCCAUUGAAGCUGCCUUCGACCUUUUCACUACCCAGCGGAAGGAUAUUGCCAUACUACUCAUAAAUCAACACAUUGCGGAGCGUAUACGACAUCGUGUGGAUACCUACACCGCCGCUUUCCCGAGUUUACUGGAAAUACCCUCGAAGGACCAUCCCUAUGAUCCAGACAAGGAUAGUGUGUUGAAGCGCGUGCGGAGGUUAUUUGGAGAGUAAAUGGGACGGUUACAAAGCAGCGGCAGUUAUGGAGAAGUUGUCGAGGUUUGCCUUGUUUAUAGGAUGUGGUGGCGUAAAGUCUUUCACCCCAGAGUGAGGGUACCCAAAUAGUGCAGCUGGAUAUAAACGUCGGGAUGCGUUGCGCUAAAGUCCUGACAUGGCGUUCACGCGUAAAGGCUCGUGUAUGUGG